AUGUUAGAUAUCAUAAGAUUUCAACAAUAUUUAUCUAAUGAUAAAUAUCUUAAUGAGUCAUUGUUAAGUGAAAAAGAAUUUAAUUUAACUUCAUUAACACCAAAUACUUUAUUAUUAAAAUUAUCAAAAGGUUCAAUUACUUCAUUAGAAUUAACUACAGCUUUUAUAAAGAAAUAUAUGAUUAUAAAUAAUUUAAUAACUAUGGAUCCAAUAAUAAAAACUCAUAUAACAAAUGCAUUAGCUCAAGCAAGAUUUUUAGAUUGUUAUUAUAAAGCUACAAAUUCAUUAAUGGGUCCAUUACAUGGUUUACCAAUAAAUGAUGAUCAAUUAUUACAAUUUCAAAUUAAUUAUGGUAUAGAUGAUGAAGAAAUAGAUUCAUUGGGUCAUAUAAGGUUAAAUAUGGCUACUUAUUUAAAUUUAUUAGGUAAUGAUGAUAUUUUUUCAAAUGAUUCUUAUUCAAAAAAUUAUACUCAUUCUUCAUCAAGUUCAAGUUUAUCUUCAUUAAAUAGUUCAUCAUUAAUUUCAUCAAGAUCUUCAUCAAAUGAUACUACACCUUUAAUGUCACCAGGGAUUAAAUCAAUAAACUAUGAUUAA